UCCACCUCUGGGGAAUACACAGAUUGAGUGUUCCAGAUAACCCCCUUCCCAGUCCUGCUUGACAUCUGGCCAGCAGGCUGCAUACCUGGAUUUCCUGGGACACUGGCUGGGGUUUGAGGAAAGACCUCAGCACCCAGCUGGCUUCAGGAUGAAGCUGGCCACUGGCUUCUUGAUUUUGUGGCUCAGCCUGUGGGGUGGCCCAGCUCGGAGUGACACCAGCCCUGAUGCAGAGGAGUCCUAUUCAGACUGGGGCCUUCGGCACAUCAGGGGCAGUUUUGAAUCUGUCAACAGCUACUUCGAUUCCUUUCUGGAGCUGCUGGGAGGGAAGAAUGGAGUCUGUCAGUACAGAUGCCGAUACGGAAAGGCACCAAUGCCCAGACCCGGCUACAAGCCUCAGGAGCCCAACGGCUGCAGCUCCUAUUUCCUGGGUCUUAAGGUACCAGAAAGUAUGGAUUUGGGCAUUCCAGCAAUGACCAAGUGCUGCAACCAGCUGGACGUCUGUUAUGACACCUGUGGUGCCAACAAGUAUCGCUGUGAUGCAAAAUUCCGAUGGUGUCUCCACUCUAUCUGCUCAGAUCUGAAGCGGAGUUUAGGUUUUGUCUCCAAUGUGGAAGUAGCCUGUGAUUCUCUGGCUGAUACUGUGUUCAAUACCGUAUGGACCUUGGGCUGCCGACCUUUCAUGAAUAGCCAAAGGGCAGCCUGCAUCUGUGCAGAAGAGGAGAAAGAAGAGUUAUGAGAAAGAGGUGAUCCCUUCCUGGUUUUGAGUGAUGCCACAGCUGUCAGUCUCAGAGAUGGUAGUGUGGCAGAUGUGUCUCAUCCUUGCUUCCAAAUGUUUGGAUAACACAAAGCAAGAGAAAGGAAAUAUUGUUCUACAGCUGAAACAUGAGUCCCAUCCUUUGGGAGAACUGGAAAAAAAACAUGGAGUGAUUUGAAGACUACUCUUUAUUUUACCAAUGGUCUCCCCAACCAAGAAACAUUUGCCUGGCAAUUCAGUUCUUAGUUUAAAGACUAAAAUAAAGACUAAAAUAUUGGGAUUCUCGGACUUGGUAAUUAUAUUCAUAAGUGAAAUUUUGCAGCAUCCAACCAUUUGGGAGGCAAGGACUUUCCUCUGAUUCAUGUUUCAGUUGCCAGUAAGCAUCUCACAUUUAAUAAAGUGUUCUUUUUAGGAAAUAUGAAAAGAGAUGAAUGAAUUCCAUUAUCACCAAUGUGCUUCCAUUUCACUUAGAAGAGAACAGAACCCAACCUGGUAAGUUCCACCAAUGAUAACAAUCAUUCCCACUGGUGCUGGAGAGAUAAGAACAAGUGGGAAAGGUCAGAGACUUACUUGGUGAAGACCAGUGGAGGUGGAGGUCAGAUGGAGUUAGGUCUCUGAGGUUCCAUUUUUUUCCUUCAGUGAAUUAUUCCUGUUGAUAUUCCCAGUUACUAAGUGGUGUUAGUGUCAUGGUAGGAUCUGAGAAGCAUUUCGUAAAAAUUGCCGCUGAAGAUAGCUAGGUGAAGUCCCUGAAAUCUGAGGACACACAAAUGGUCAGUUGCUAAACUCUGGUUCUCAAUACUGACUACAGAUUAGAAUCACCAAAGGAGUAUUAAAAAGCAGAAACCCUCUGGGGGUGGUAUCUACCUAUAGGUGUUUUAUGAGUGCUCCCCACCUGAUCUUGAUGCACUGGGAGGGCUGAGGUCCACUAAGAUCAGGGAUCAGCAAAUGAAACUCAUGGGCCAAAUCAGGUCUAACACUGCUUCUGUGGCGUUUUAUUGGAACACAACCAUAUUCUCAUUUGUUUAUGGUCACUCCUGUGCUACAACCUCAGAGUUGAACAGUUGUGACAGACUGUAUAGCCAGAAAGCCUAAAAUGUUUACCAUUUGGCUCUUGACAAAAAAAGCUGGCCAAUUCUUGAUCUAGGUCAUUCUGUCCUUUCACUUCCGUUUGUUAAUUUUACUGGUUGCAUUAAGAACUGUUGAUUAUAGCCAUUUCAAAAAAGCAAAAGAAGAAAAACUGUUUCCUGAUCUUAUGUAAAGCCAUAAAAAUAAUUGGCAUAUUAAGAAAUUGGAUUUCAUUGCAUAUAAAAUUUAUCUCUGUGAUUUAUAAUAUUUACUUCAAUAAACUGUAUUAAGCACCUA